AUGGUACUGCCACCCCCUGACAAGCGGCAUGUGUGUCUAACCACCAUUGUAAUCAUGACCAGUAUGGCAUUCAUGGAUGCGUACCUUGUGGAGCAGAACCAGGGACCACGAAAAAUUGGCGUCUGCAUCAUUGUUCUGGUUGGGGAUAUUUGCUUUCUUAUAGUCCUCCGUUAUGUGGCAGUUUGGGUGGGUGCCGAGGUAAAGACUGCAAAACGCGGCUAUGCCAUGAUCCUCUGGUUCCUCUACAUAUUUGUUCUGGAGAUCAAGCUUUACUUUGUCUUCCAGAACUACAAGGCCGACCGUAAAAGUCUGGAGACAGUUGCUCGGAAAGCGUUGACUUUGUUGCUCUCAGUUUGCAUACCAGGGCUGUACCUUGUUCUGGUUGCGCUCGACAGCAUGGAGUACAUAAGAACCUUCCGAAAGAAAGAGGACAUGCGGGGUCGACUGUUCUGGGUGGCACUUGACCUGUUGGAUGUACUGGACAUCCAAGCCAACCUGUGGGAGCCACAGCGGACAGGUCUGCCCAUCUGGGCCGAGGGUCUGAUGUUCUUCUACUGUUACAUCCUGUUGCUGAUUCUGCCAUGUGUUUCUCUAAGUGAGAUCAGCGUGCAGGGUGAGCAUGUUUCACCUCAGAAGAUGAUGCUUUACCCUGUCCUCAGCUUGGUGACCAUCAACAUUGUCACAAUCCUCAUUAGAGGUGUUAACAUGGUGUUAUUCCAAGACAGCCGGGUCUCGACCAUCUUCAUCGGCAAGAAUGUUGUUGCCAUCGCCACCAAAGUCUGCACCUUCCUGGAGUACCGACGACAAGUUAAGGAGUUCCCUCCUCAAGAUCCUGCAGGCAUUGCCAUGGAAAUACAGCAGAACUCUGUGCCACAUAAUCAAACUCUGCCAAAUGCCACUACCACCCUCCAAGAAGAGCCCUCACCUGCCCGUGAGGUCAUUGACACGUGACCUGAGCUAACAAAAAUGUUGCAUCAUUUUCAAAAAUACAAGAUUAAACUUGAGCAUUAAGGUUCACAGGGAAAGAAGGAAACCUUAGAGAGUCUAGACCAGGGUAAGUUUUUCUUCCUGUUUUGAAGAAUUCUUUUAAAGUCAUGCUCAUCUAAGCCGAGUGAUUAAAGGCCAUUAAUGCUCAGAUGCAAAAAUGGCAGCUCUCAAGUUCUACGAUCAUGAUUUUCACUGUAUUUUGUCAUUUUAAGCAGCCAAUUUAUUAUGUUACAUUUGGGAUGUUUUUUAAAAAGAUUUGUGUGACAUACAGUUGGCUCACCUUGCUGAUGAGCAGACCCGCCUUCAAUAUGUGCCUGCAGAACUCUGCAGAAUUGGAUUGACCAUCAUUUGCAUUCACACAUUUCUACACAUCCCCCAGCCCUUGCAUGUAUAUUUAUUUUAAAAAUAAAAUUCUUAAUUUAUUUUGC